AUGGAAACCCUCCCAAUCGAGCUCCGGGCCUCCGUCCUCCAAUACCUCCCCCUCCAAGAGCUGAAAAACAUCCGCCUUGCCUCCAAAAACUGGGCUCUCCUAGGCGAGAACUAUCUCAUGUCCCCUUCCUUCAUAAGUGCCCCCCAUAGGCCCGAUACUGUCCGCCUGCACAAGAUCUCCUGUCAUCCCACCUACGCUCGUCAAAUCAUCUCAGUAAUUUUUAACCACGGCGGACUCAACGAAUACCCCCCGCGCCAACAACUCCACUUCAUGAAACACUAUUAUCGGCGUAGUAUCAGGGACCAGCAAUCCGAGACGUGGAAGGCUUCCGCGAACUUUAACCGAGUCGAGGAGAAAUUCCUUUCAGGUCCUUGCGACGAGGCUAUCCUCACAGACAUCUUCUCUCGCUUGCCGAAUCUACGCGAAGUGAACGUCACGUUGGUGGCAUCUUGUCCGAUCUCAAAAGCUGAUCGCAAAGUGCCGCGUCUGCUGCGGGACGUCUGGCUCUUCAUCCCUUCCCCGCGGCCCCUGGACAGAGUCGCGAUAGUGGAACGUAUGAACGCCAUCGUACGCGUCUUAUCUAGUAACUCCCCCACCAUGAAUAUCACUUCGCUAGUACACGACCGGCUUCCCUUUGAGUUCUUCGCGCAGCAAAGCGCCCAGAUCGCACUCCCGCAACCCUCCGCCACCCACGUUCUCCACUCACCCAGUAGCAAACCGGUACCCUUCGUCUCCGCGUUCCGGAACUUGGCCCGCGUCCGUCUCGCGCUGGAUUACAGCAAUCAGCUGAACGACAAGCACAUGAACCUCGUGUUCGCCAACCUCGCGCAGUGCCUGCAAGCUGCCGCUCCAUCGCUGCGGCACUUCGGAUUAGCGAUUCUGGGAAACCGCAAGCUCCAAAUCCGCUCUUUCCUCGCCAUCUUCGCGGAGCAGCGGUUCGCCUUUCCUUGUCUGCAAAGUAUUGCGUUACAGGGCGUCCGAGCGACGGAGGAGGAGCUUGGCGAUUUUCUCGUGGCCCUGUGCUGGGGCGGCCAUGGAAGUUUGAAGAGUGUGAGGCUGGGUGGCAAAGGUCUCCCAAGCUGUUCGAAUGGUGGGGGUGUGCUGCUUGAAAGAGGGAGCUGGAGCGGCCUUGCGAAGCGGUUAGGGAGGGAGAUGAAUGGGGUGGAGGUGCGCGUGCAGCGAGACACGAGGAGCCGGGAGAAUAAGCAUUUAUGGGCCUUCGACGUUGCUGUUGAUAUCGGGGAGUUGGUAUGA